AUGGCCUCCAAACUUUUCGGUUCCAUACUGAGACUACCUCCAACGACACGGAGUUGCUUCAAUGUACUCCUCAAGCCCACACCGAGCCCUCUAUCGCACCUUACCAAACGCGCCUUUUCAAACACUACCCCAUGGCAAGCGACAUAUAAUCAAGUCCUGCGAGGUUGCAGAGUCGGCCAGCGUGCACGGAAACCUACAUCUCCAGCGUUGGCGAGAACAAAGAGACCAGAGAUGAAGGGUGUGUGUCUUCGUGUGGGAACGACGAAGCCCAAAAAGCCCAAUUCGGGAGAGCGCAAAGUCGCUAGGGUCCGACUGAGCAGUGGAACUGUCAUCACGGCAUACAUACCAGGAGAAGGUAAACACGAGAAAUCCAUGGAGAAUAUGAGGCCAUGCUGAUGACGGGCGAUAGGUCACAACGUGCAGCAGCAUUCCGUGGUACUGGUCAGAGGAGGCAGAUCGCAAGAUUGCCCCGGUGUGAAGUACCAUCUUGUUAGAGGCGCUAUGGACUUGGUACGACCGCCACAGCUACUCCAGCCAUCUAGAAAUCCUCACUGACAUUGCCUCAGGGAGGUGUCGGCAACCGAGUAACGAGCCGGUCGAAGUACGGCACGAAGAAGCCCAAGAACAACUAG